AUCAUACGGCGUUGCAUGACCCUCCUAGCUUAGCGGCGCCGUAGGUACACAGUCAAGUGGGGCGAGUCGUAUCUACCGCUCGUAUGUCUGUGGCCGCGAAUGUCGCCCGACGCUUGUGACGUCAUUACGGCGAAAGGUGACGGAAAGCGGUCCUGUCGGUUGUCCCCGUCGUCCGACAUCGUAAGUAGCCGACCGGCCAUGGCCUUCCGCGACGUUUCCAGAGAAGCACUCAUCGGAACGGUCACUCUGGGAGUUAUUUUUAUCGCAGGAUAUUUGUUCGGCAAGAGAAAACCUUUGACAAUGAACUUGUCCAAAAGUCACGGCAAGGGGCAAAGCAACCCGCUGAUGCAGUACCUCCUGCGCCACUCCAUGAGGGAACACCCGGCCUUGGCCAACCUCAGACUGAGGACACUGGAGCUGGACAGCAACUCCAUGAUGGUCUCCUGCGAGCAGUCGCAGUUUAUGGCCAAUUUGGCCAGGCUGAUCAAAUCCAAGAAGGCCAUCGAGAUCGGAGUGUACACAGGGUACAACACGCUGAGCAUCGCGUUGGCGUUGCCCGACGACGGCGUCGUCGUGGCGUGCGACGUCAACGACAAAUACGCCGACAUUGGCAAACCUUUCUGGAAGGAGGCCGGAGUGGAGAAGAAAAUUGAUCUCCGCCUUCAGCCGGCGUUGAACACGCUGGACCAGCUGUUGGCUGCGGGCGAGGCUGAAACUUUUGACUUUGUCUUUAUCGACGCCGACAAAGUCAACUACGAGCCGUACUACGAAAAGUCGCUGCAGCUCAUCAGGAAAGGCGGCAUCAUUGCCAUCGACAACGUGCUGUGGGGGGGUAAGGUGCUGCAGCCCGCCGCCGACGACCCGGACACGUUGGCCAUCGACAGGCUGAACAAGAAGCUGCACAGAGACGCCCGCAUCAACCUGAGCAUGCUGACCGUGGGGGACGGCCUCACGCUGGCCAUCAAACUGUAGGAAGGUCGCCCGUCAAUUAUUGCUCGACCGCGGAGAAUAGCGCGGUACCGGUCUUAAAUGGCCUUUUCGUUGGCUCUACGAGUGUCAACGUUUUGGAGCAUAAAAGUUUAGCAAAAGCCGGACAGGUUUUAAAUCUGAAACGAUUGGAAUUGUAUAGGAACAGGUGGAGGGGGGAAGAAAAAAAAAAAAAAAAAGUACAAAGUACUUCAAUGGUUCAAUAAAACGGAUGACCAACAAAUUCAACUCAACAAAUGGACUGAAAUGUUGAAGGAAAAUUCAGGUGGUUUGCGUGAACAAUGUAUCAAAUACCUCACGUAAUAUGUACUUUAUCUUGAUAAUGUGAUGUUAAAUCCUCUCUCAUUUAAUAGUGUUUUGAGAACAUUUUUUUUUAUCUACGAUUCCGAAUUUUCAGGGGCGCCGCCAUUUUCACGAGUCACAUGACCUACGUGCGCGGAUGUGACAUGUUAGGUGGGGUUCCAAACGCUCGAUUACAUUGGACACCAUUAUGCCCUUUUACCCUCAUCUGAUGAAGAAAUAGCAGAAUCGCUUGAUUGGGAAGACGGAGGAAUAUUAAGCCAUGAGCUCGCUCCCCGGCGAGCCACAGGUUCAAAUCCGGCUUCCCGAUCGACCGAUACCGCUAUUUCCUAACACGUCACGUCCGCGCGCGGAGGUCACGUGACUCGCCAAAAUGGCAGCGCCCCUGAAAAGUUGUAAUUGUCAGUCAAAAUCUUCUCAAAACACUUUUAAAUGAAAGAGGAUUUAACAUCACUUUGUCAAACUAGAGUACAUAUUACGUGACGUAUUGGAUACAUUAUUAAUGCAAACCACCUGAAUUUUCCUUUUAAGUACAACUGAAAUAUACUCGGGCAGUAAUUGUGUUCCGACUGUAAUUUAAAAAAAAAAAAAUGAAGCAAACACUGAAAGUGUUCACAAAUGUUUACUUGCUGUGUGUGUGUGUAGUUUAUUUUAUUUUUUUUUAAUCAGGGCAACUAUUUGGAGCAUAGCUGCAAAUAAUGUACGGUGCUCCACGUCUAAGGCGAUUAGUUCUGUAAGAACUUGAUAGUACAAAUUUGUAAUUUUAAAGGCAAGGGAAAAAAAAGAAUAGAUAGUACAAGAAAGGAGGAAAAGCUUUACUUGAUAAAGGUGUGCAAAAAUAACACUCGUGAUGUACAUUCUACUUGCACCGGCUUGGAUGUGAACGGAGAAGAUGGCGCCGCUUAGUUUUCGGCGUUGCGAUGGCCAGCAAACGUUCCCAACUUGUACGUCGGUGCCUCAAAUCGCUCCCAACGUUUUUGGUCACCAUUUUUUUUUUUUUUUUUUUUUUUAAACUUGAUGCUCAAACAGGUACAUGAUUGUUGUUGUUGUUGUUGUUUUUUUAAAGGUGUUUUGAGUUGUUUCCUAAUAAAUUCCAAUAGGUUGGCUGGUCUUUCAUGACUGGAACUCCA